GCGCCAGCCACGCUUCCAUGCGGCGGCUCCGCGUGAAUAAAGACCUUGGGAUGCCUCGAGCGACCCCCCUUUCCCUAGCCUUGGUAGCUAGACCAUUCCGCUCGCUCAGCACGCAUCCCGAACCUCUCAAGCAACAUGCGUACCUCCACCCUGUCUCUGGGCGCCCUGGCCGUGGGCCUCGCCGCUGCCCACACCUACCCCAACUGCGAUACGGACAACUGCUACCGCAACCUGAUCGAUGAGCGGUUUGCCGCCGAGGCUGUGUCCUGGUGCCCGGAGUUCCUCGCCGGCACCACCACGGCUGCCUCGGCCAUCCCGACCGACUUCAGCAACUGCGGUGGAGACGUCAAGGCUGUGAGCUCGGCCUGCUCGUGCAUCACUUACACGGCCACGCACACCACGGGCAGCGAGACCUCCACCAGCACUGAGGCUCCGUCGACCACGAGCACCAGCACCACUGAGGUCACUCCCACGACCACGACCACGACCACCCCCUCGGCCCCGACCACCACCCCAACCACCACCGAGACCGACACGGAGACGUCGGCCUGCGAGAGCGAGACCAAGACCGAGACGGAGACGUCGGCCUGCGAGAGCGAGACCCAGACCGAGACCGAGACGUCGGCCUGCGAGAGCGAGACCCAGACCGAGACGGAGCAGCCCACCAGCACCUCGACUACCCAGUGGACCACUUCGACCUACACGACCACCAUCACCCGCACCAUCACCUCGUGCGCCUCCACCGUGACCAACUGCCCGGCCCACAGCACCGUCACCACCUCCGAGGUCAUCGUCACCACCACCGUCUGCCCCGUGACCGAGACCCCCACCGGCCCCGCCGUCACCGUGCCGACCGCCAGCGUGCCGCCCGUCUACACCCCGACCUCGAUCGGCACCGUCACGAUCCCGACCCCGACCUCCAACCAGGGCGGCGCCGGGUCCAGCCCCACCCCCUCGCUCCCCGUCACUGCCGGUGCCGGCCGUGCCGUCCGCGGUGUCGAGGGCGUUGCCGCCGUCGCCGGCCUGCUCGCUGCCUUGCUUUAAGCGGGCGCGCUCUGCGCUUGAGUGCGCGGGGUUCCUUUUGGGACACCCUGAGCAUUUUCCGUUGAUGGUAGUCGUUGUUUUGCAUGAUAGAGUUGGAGAGCAGAGAGCCUGCGUCGAUGUUGCAGCUGUAUCACGAAUCGGAUGCCUGUUGAUGAUGCAUGAUACAUACCUGCCCUGUCGGCUUCCAUUCUUGUAGAUAUGUUGAUACCUGUAAUGGGGAUGUGCCGGUUGUCGAGUCUGUGCGCCGGAAUUUUCCAUCUUAUCCGCUGGCCUGUGUGCCCUUCCUUGUCUUGCACCUUUCAGACGGCCCUGGGCUUCUUAUGGCCCUCGAUAGUCCCUUGGCCAACUCCCUGCUUGGCAAUUGGCAGCCUGCGGAGGAUUGCAUUGAGGCUUGCGCCACGUCCAUACAUACACUCUGUAGUGUAGUGUUGUCAGCGUUAACGAUGUGAGUGGGGGCCGAAGAGGCUCUCGGUUCCGCCGCGUUGCUGCCAAUCAAUGGUUCAAGGAAGCAUUUACAAUUGCGGCUGGUUGGAUCAGGACAGGGGGGCCCGACCUCACAACCAAGCGCACCAAUGCACUCAUAUUCCGUAGUUAAA